CAGCCAGCAUCGUGAGCGUGGAAGUCGAACAGCUGUGUGCUGUGUGUGUAAGUGAGUGAUCAGUGAAGUGUGUUGUGUUGUGUCUGUUUGUCAAGUGUUUCUGUCAUUAUGUUGGAUUUAUUUACAAUUUUUAGUAAAGGUGGAAUUGUGCUUUGGUGUUUUCAGGUUCAAGGCACAAGUCAAAUAUUUACAUCAUCAGUAAAUGCCUUAAUCAAAUCUGUCAUACUGCAGGAAAGAUCAGGCAGUAACUCCUUUGAUCACCAAUCGCUCACAUUACAAUAUAAGCUUGACAAUGAGUUUGAACUGGUGUUUGUGGUCGCUUAUCAGAAGAUUCUCAAACUCUCAUACAUAGACAAGUUUCUAGAUGAUGUCCACCUAGAGUUUAGAGAUAAAUACAAAGAUGAUCUCCAGAACGCUAGGUAUUUUCAGGAAUUUGACUUCAAAAGUAACUACUCUGAAGUUCUCAAAGCGGCUCAAAACUGGAGCCUUAAGCAAGCUCGCAUUCCAAAACAAAUGCGGACUUUCGAAGAGUCUGACAAAUCAAAGAAAACAGUUGCGUCCAUGAUUGAACGGAAGGGAGAAGAGAAAGAAACUAAGAAGAAAGUGAAAGUUGUUGAGCCUGUGAAGAAAGAAGUGGUGGAAGAAGUCGAGGUGGCGACCAAUGGGGACUUGCUCUCAGAAGAUAUUUUAAUGGAGAACCGCCGCAAGCUGGCUCAGAAAUUGGGCUCACCUAAUGCACGAAAGAGCAAACCGAAGAGCCCUAAACCUGCGAAGGAAGGCAAGAAGCCGAGGAAGUGGGACUUGAGUGGUAACACUAAGGAUUUGGUAGAUCUGGACAGGACCAAGGAUAAACCUCAGGAAGAUCACGAAAUACAAGCUGACACCCACCUGGUGGGAAAGAUGGUUGGAGGAAUCCAAGACCUGGAAGUUGAGAGUUCAGAAGAAGAAGAGGAUGAUGAUGAGGACGAAGAAAUGGGUUCUCAAAACAACAAAACAGCUUCUAAAUCCUCCGGCGUCUUCUCUAUGUUCAGAGGACUGGUUGGUCAAAAGAGUCUGUCCAGAGAGAGCAUGGAACCAGUGUUGGAGAAACUGCGAGAUCAUCUGAUUGCCAAGAAUGUUGCAGCCGACAUUGCCCUCAAGCUGUGCAACUCCGUAGCUACUAAACUGGAGGGAAAAGUGAUUGGUACAUUUGAGACAAUCGCUUCUACAGUGAAGACCACCCUGACUGACUCUUUGGUGCAAAUUUUGUCGCCGAGACGAAGAGUGGACAUUCUACGAGAUGCUUUGGAGGCAAAGAAGCAAGGCAAACCUUUUGUUAUGUGCUUCUGUGGGGUCAAUGGUGUCGGGAAGUCUACAAACUUGGCCAAGAUCUGUUUCUGGCUAAUUGAGAACAACCUGCGUGUGCUGAUUGCUGCGUGUGACACGUUCAGAGCUGGUGCUGUGGAGCAGCUGCGGACCCACACUCGUCACCUCAACGCUUUACAUCCUGCUGAGAGACACAACAACCAACAGAUGGUCCAGCUGUUUGAGAAAGGAUACGGUAAAGACGCAGCAGGCAUUGCGAUGGAAGCCAUCAACUUUGCCCGAGACUCUCGCAUUGACGUUGUUCUUGUAGACACUGCUGGUCGGAUGCAGGACAACGAACCUUUGAUGAGAGCUUUGGCCAAGCUGGUGAAAGUGAAUGAACCAGACCUGGUGUUGUUUGUGGGGGAGGCGUUGGUAGGCAAUGAGGCUGUAGAUCAGCUGGUCAAAUUUAACCAGGCAAUGGCCGACUACUCCGACUCGACAAACCCUCAUGUCAUUGACGGCAUCGUGCUCACCAAGUUCGACACCAUUGAUGACAAGGUCGGAGCCGCCAUCUCUAUGACCUACAUCACUGGUCAGCCUAUAGUGUUUGUCGGCACAGGUCAGACUUACACCGACCUCAAGUCUCUCAAUGCCAAGGCCGUCGUCAACGCCUUAAUGAAGUAGACUUUGUUCAGGAACAUCUCAAUACAGCUUUGAAAUCAAACUUGUUAUUUUGGUCUGGGUUACCAUUUUGUUGCGCCAUGACACUAUUGUCAAAAAACCUUAAAAUGGGAAUUUUUUAUGGAUUUUUGAGAACAAAGAUAUAUUGGUUUCAAACUGA